AUGGACAACAAGGAAGGGAUCGUGCAUGAAGGCCAGCGCGAGGACCAGCCAGACGUCAGGGCUGCUGCUGCAGGCAUCCGUUCACGCAUUACGGUUUGCAAGCGACUGAAGCUCAAAUGCGACCGACGCUCUCCAUGCUCUUCGUGUGUCAAGCGCGAAACCACAGCAAGAUGUGUCUACUCGGCCGCGGCCGCUGAGAAAAUCGACGUACAGAGCCUCCACAACAGAGUAUCUGCCCUAGAAGACUCAUGGAGGGCUUGGACAAACUCACAGCCGGGACAGACCCCUUCGAUCCCUCCACCGGGAUGUGCUUCCUCGUCAUCGACUCACCCACCUCCACCGCCCCCUCCCACCGCACUCAUUGCAGCAGCCAGUCCGAGCGAUGAUCUGGCAUCGGCGCUUGUUGGUCUCGACGAUGUCUCGUCCCUGUGGGCAACCCACCUCGGCGUCAAUCUCGCAUCUCUCUCCCUGCGGCCCUCGACACCGGAAUACGAAGACGAGGACGAUGAGGACGAGCCAGAGGGCGUGCUCAGAGCCAAACAAAUACCCAUGUCCUCUCGCAUGGGUGUCACUCUAUCCCACAUUGCACUGCUUCCCCCUCGACAUAUUCGCUCUCAUCUCUGGAACGCUGCUCAGCUCGUCAUCGGCCCCCAUGCUGGUCUAUCCCGACGCACCCGCACCCGCUUCGAGCGCAUGUGCACCGAUAUCCAAGGCGAAAAGUCCAAAAAAUGGCCUUUGAGCUUGCUGGCUGUCGGUACUGCCGGUUUGGCCAUUGGCGCCCAGGUCGUCUCCGAGUCUGCCAUGUCCCUGCCUCAUUCCCCUACCCCGAGCACAUCCACCAGCUCAGCCUCACCUCUCCCCACUCUCCACCUUGUCACCGAGCACUCUACACACUCUCCAAUCGCUCACGGCACACUCGACGGCCGUGCACGAGUCAAACCUAGCGUAUGGCCCGAUGUAUGCCGAGCCGUCGGAGUCGCUCGUGGAAUGGGUCUUGGCAUGGGAAUCCAAAAGGGUGUCGUCCAGGAUGAUGUUGAAGAGUGGAGAGUCCGCGUCUGGUGGGAGGUCUACUGUGCUGAUUUAUUCACCUCCGAAUUUAUUGGUUUGCCACCCUCUAUAGACGACAACACCUUUUCCGCCACCUUACCUUCUCAAACCGAGCCUUCGGACCCAGCCGCAGAGGGCGAAAAGCCAGACGGGCUCGCGUACUUUUUCCACAAGUGUCGCCUCGCCCAAAUGAUCAAAUCCCUCAAGCGACGAAUGCUUGACGAACGUCCGUUGCAGCUGGAUUCGGCUGGAUCCAUGGAACGCACAAUUACGGAUUUCAUGAAGGAGCUUCCCCCAGAGUACCGUCUCGACAUGUCCUUGUCCGCCCCGUCUCCGGGCCACGUAUCGGAGGACGAAACCAUCUUGCAGAUCCAACGAUGCGAGCUGUCUUCAUGGGCCCAUUCGCUGAUCCUCAAGACGUACUAUCCAUUCCUCAAACGCGGAGAAUCAAGCACAAAUUUCGCAACACCCCACAAUGCGGCGCUCGCAUGCUCAAACGCGGCCCAUUCGCUGAUCGUCGCGUCCACGACCGCACAUCGGUUCUUACCCCGCACCCGCUCGUACAGUUUUGCCCAACAGUUGUUUGGCGGCGCGGUCGUGGCCGCCUCGGUCGCGAUCACAUCCCCCACGGGCAUGCUCUCCCAAAUCGCGCUCAAGGACGUCAAGGACGCUCUGUCCGUCCUGCGCGAGCUGGACAUGUACGGACACGGCUUGGGCACAGAGGGGAUAGCGAGCGAGGCCGUUCGGGUCGUCGAGAUCUUGGUGUCCAAGGCCGAGGGAGCUAUGGGUGUCGGUGGCGCCGCGGCGGGCGCGAAGCGGAAGCGGGAAGGAGAGGGGCUCGGGUUGGGGUUGGGGUUGGGGCUCGGUUUCGAGUUGCCCUCCCGCCCCUCCAUCACUAACGAUCCCGCCCACCCACUCGAUCCCAUCCAACAACAACAACCACAACCGCCAACACCCCAAUCCGACCUACCGAAACGCACGCACGACACCAAACCGCCCAAGGUCUCGCCGUACCCCAAGAUCGGCGUGCGGAUACGGAACAAGCCGAGCAAGACCACCACGGUCGUCAAGAGUCGGGCUGGGAGCGAGCGGAGUGGGGCGUCGCCUGUGACGAGCGUUAGUGCUGGUUCGGUUGGGUCUGGGAUGAGUCCGCCGGGAGGGAUGCAGGGUGGUAAUGGGAUGCAGGGCGGAAAUGGGAUGCAGAGUGGGAACGGAUGCAGAAUGGUGCAGGGAAUAUGCAGAGUGGUGCUACGGGAAUGCAACCCCCGUCCGGGAACGGGAUGCCCUCCCAACACGCUGCAAGCCGGAAGUCUCCCCCUCCAAUCAGCUCGCUCCAACCGCCAGCUCGCUCCAACCGCCCAGCUCGCUCCAACCGCCCAGCUCGCUCCAACCGCCCAGCUCGCUCCAACCGCCCGAACCCACUUCAACCCCAUUUGCUCCCGGACCAACCGCAGCCGUACAACGAAUACCAAACUUACACCGAACCGUAUUAUAACAAUUAUUACGCCGGGUACGGAGUGGUGCUACGGGAAUGCAACCCCCGUCCGGGAACGGGAUGCCCCUCCCAACACGCUGCAAGCCGGAAGUCUCCCCCUCCAAUCGCCAGCUCGCUCCAACCGCCGCCCGAACCCACUUCAACCCCCAUUUGCCCGGACCAACCGCAGCCGUACAACGAAUACCAAACUUACACCGACCGUAUUAUAA